AUGAGCUUGACUGCACAUUUCGUUGAUGAAGAAUGGAAGUUGCAAAAGAGAAUUAUAAAUUUCUGCCAGAUUGAGAACCACAAGGGUGAUACAGUAGGAAGAGAAAUUGAGAAAUACUUGAGAGAGUGGGGAAUUGAAAAAGUCUUCACAAUCACAGUGGAUAAUGCAACUUCGAAUGAUGGAGCUAUCACUUACCUUCAAAGGAAAUUAGGUGCAAGAGGUGGGUUGGUGUGUGGAGGAAAGUAUAUGCAUGUGAGAUGUUGCGCUCAUGUUCUGAAUUUGAUAGUGAAUGAAGGAAUUAAGGAGCAACAAACUUCAAUUGAAAGCAUUAGAAAUGCUGUCAGAUGGUUUGAAGAGGAUAGUGGGGGAAAAAAGAAAGUUGGUCCACCUACAGCACUUGAUUGGCAACAUGCUAGAUUAUUCAUUGAGUUUUUGAGAAUCUUUUAUGAAAUAACUUUGAGUUUCUCUUCUUCUUUGCAUGUUACAUCAAACAAAUGUUUUCAUGAAAUUGCAUCUAUUGCUUCUCAAUUAACAUCUUGGAGCCAAAGUCAUUCUGAAUUGUUAGGGUCUAUGGCAUGUUCUAUGAAGACUAAAUAUCAUAAAUAUUGGGGACCUGUUGACAAAUUUAAUCCGUUGUUACUUGUUGCUGUUGUAUUGGAUCCUCGUUAUAAAUUAGAUUAUCUCUGUUGGUGUUUGGAGGAUGUUUAUGACAAAGAAGUGUCUACUAAUAUGACUGGUUUUGUUAAAUUAACAUUAGAGACUUUAUAUAAGUUUUAUGAAAAGGAGGUUGUAGAUGAUAAAGGAAGGGAGGAUGGUGGAAGUUCAUCUAGAGAUGUCUUGGAUGAUAAUACUAAAGUCUCAACUGGUGCUAAGGGAGUUUCUGAAAAUAGAGUGAAUAUGUGGAAAAAGCAAAAAAGAGAGAAGGCUAAUGCAGAUAGCAAGUCAGAUGUGGAGAGAUAUCUGGCCGAAGAUACUGUAGAAGAUGAGAAUUUUGAUAUAUUGGCUUGGUGGAAAGUGAAUGCUUCAAAAUACAGAGUUCUUUCUCUCUUAGCACGUGACGUCUUAGGUAUUCCGGUCUCAACCGUUGCUUCUGAAUCAUGCUUUAGCACUGGUGGACGUGUGCUUGAUGUCUUCCGCAGCUCUUUGUCACCAUUAAUGGCCGAAGCUUUGAUAUGCACUCAAAGUUGGUUGUGCCCUUCGAAACAAGAAGUUGGAGAUCAAGAGUUUGAUCAAUUUGAUAGUAGUCAGAAGAUUGUUGAAGCUAGGUCUACGGUUAUGGAUGAUGACAUCAUUGACCUUGGACUAGAUGUCGACGCACUUCCACCAGAGGACGACGAUCUUCAAGAAGAAGACGGGAUCGAUGGCGACGAAGAAGAGAAAAAUGUGUUUGAUGAUAGUCAAAAAACUACCUCAAAAAAGAUGGAUGGUGAACUAGAGAAAGAAGAUGAUGAAUCUGAUUAG